AUGACUGAACCAGCGCCCAAUCCCGACCGUAUUCCUACCGAGCUACAUUUUGAACAUCAGAAAGUUCUUCACAUAAUCAAAAUUAUGAAUUCACUCAAUCUAACACCGAAGAAAUUUUUGAGUGCAUUUCUCAACAACGAUGAUGCGGACGUCAAAACUCGCCGAGCGCUGUGGGUAUCCCCCGAAGGCCGAUUUGGUGGUUUACUAUCAGCCGAACGCGCCACUGAGCUACCUAGUCACUAG